GUCUUUUAUAUUUUCAAGUAUUAGUUCACACCAUCCUACAUUUGUAUAAAAAGAUACAAUACGAACUCAAGAUCUUAACCCUUUCAAUGGAAGCUGCAUCUAAAACUCCGGCAUCGCUCUCGUUGCCAUGGAAAACACGACUGGCAUUUUCGGCGUUUGGCACCAUAACUCAUGCCGCUAGACGAAGAGACGGGACCAUCAACCGCGGUCUCCUAAAUUUCUUUUUGUCCAAAGUCCCUCCAUCCUCCAAACCCAUUAAAGGAGUCAAGACAUAUGAUGUCACAGUUGAUCCAACUCGCAACCUCUGGUUCCGCGUGUUUGUCCCCACAGAACACGCGGUACAAGAUCUCCCACUCAUCGUUUUCAUACACGGUGGUGGAUUCGCUUUCUUGUCCGCAGAUGAGAAGCAUAACGACGAUGUGUGCCGCGAGAUGGCGAGAAAAGUGCCUGCUCUUAUUGUUUCUGUUGAGUACCGUGUUACACCAGAGCAUCGGUACCCUGCGCAACAUGACGAUUGCUUUGAUGUUCUCAAGUUUCUUGAUGAUGAUCAGAAUAGGUCUAAAUGUUCACUGGAAAAUGCUAAUAUUUCGCGUUGUUUCAUCGUCGGUGAUAGCUCUGGCGGAAACAUUGCUCAUCAUGUAGCUCAAAGAGCAUGCGAAUUCAACUUCCAACGGCUUAAGGUAAUCGGCUUGGUGGCAAUACAACCAUUUUUUGGCGGGGAGGAGCGAACAAAUUCGGAAAAAGAACUCGCUAAAAAUACUAUCUUAUCAUUGGAUCGAGCCGACUGGUACUGGAGCGUGUUCAUGCCGCGAAGUGAAGGCUACACCCGCGACCAUCCGAUCAUCAACGUGUGCGGUCCGCGGGCCGUGGACAUAUCAAAAAUGGAUUUUCCGCCAACCAUGGUGGUUGUGGGAGGGUUUGAUCUUCUACAGGACUGGCAAAGAAGGUACUAUGAGUGGUUGAAGAAGUCCGGGAUAGAAGCUUAUCUGGUGGAGUACCCAAAUAUGCCCCACAGUUUCUUUACCUUCCAGGAGUUGCCGGAAUCUGGACAAGCUAUAUCCGAAGUCAAGGACUUCAUUCACAAGGUGUUAGAAAAAGUGACUAACGAAUAAAACAUCCUAGAAUAUUAUAAUCUACACAAAGAUAAAGAUGUGUAUUAUAAAAUGUUUGUUUUUAUCGUAUUAAAGAUGGUGUGAUUUAUUUUUUUUAUGGUUAGGUGGUGUGUUUUGUAAACAUUUUUUUUUUUAAAUUUGAUAUAUAUUUGUUG